CGCAGCCGGUGCGCCGCCGGACUUGCCAGCUGGGCCCGAACCCAGUGCCUUUACGCAGCCACGAAGGGCCGUGCUCCUCCCGGCCCGGGCCUCCAGCGCCUGAUCGGGGUUCAUGGAGCCAGGGCUGUGGCUCCUUUUCGGGCUCACAGUGACCUCCGCCGCAGGAAUCGUGCCGUGCUCCCAGGCUGGGGGUGCCGGCAGGCCCGGCGUGCCCCGGGCCCCUCUUGCAGCCCGAUCGGAGUGGAACUGCAAAGAGACUGUGGCUGGCCCCAGCAAGAAGACCGCGUCCCCCCCGGCAGUGCAGGGUCCACCCAGUGGGCAGGAGCAGGGACCAGGCCAUUCUGGGGAGCCGGCAGCCAGCGGGGGCCCCGCACGCCCCCGUGCUCGGCGCUGCACGUGCUUCACUUACAAGGACAAGGAGUGCGUCUACUAUUGCCACCUGGACAUCAUCUGGAUCAACACUCCUGAGCAGACUGUGCCCUAUGGACUCUCGAACUACAAGGGAAGCUUCCGGGGCAAGAGGUCCUCAGGGCCCAUCCCGGGGAGCUCUCCGCCCUCCACGCAGACCCCCUCGCGCUGUGCUUGUGUUGAGAGAGAUGACCAGGCCUGCCGACGCUUCUGCAAGCACCUCCUUGGUGUCAGCAGUGACUCCAGGGGAGCAGAAAAGCCAGAUAAAGAAGAGAAAGGGAAGGCCGGUGGGGCCCGAAGAGGCCUGCGUCCAAGGUGA